AUGCAAUGCGGUUCGAACGUAACAUAUUUAAAAAAGUCACUGUUCUUUCCAAAAUAUCCUGAUGAGGAGAAGUUCAUCAACGACUUUCAGAUUGAAGACGAUAGCGUGGACUACGGUCAGAAAAUAUUUGGAUAUUUACAUCCACAAAGCAAUGGUUUGUUUCGUUUCGCGAUCGCCUCUGACGACACUUCGGAGUUGUGGAUAAGUACAGACGAAAACCCUUAUAAUAAACGGCUAGUUGCUCGUGUAUUCACUGAAAACGCAAUAGCUUGGACGGGCAAGGACGAGUUAGAUAAAUAUCCUGAACAAAGAUCCAAAGAGCCACUCCAUCUUCAAGCUAAUAAGAAAUACUACGUCGAGGUUUUACACCAAAAUGUGAGUAGCCGCUACAUACUUUAUCCGUGUAAUCUAUAACACAGACAUGUAAUUUUAAAUUAAAAUCAUACUUGUAUAAAACUUGUCCAGGGGCUCUCCUCGAAAAGCCCUACAGGGUUUGCUGAGAGUUCCUGCCCAAGUAUAUUUUUAAAAUUAUAAGACUGUGUAAUAUUGUCACAGGGAGCCCGAACGUUGUUUUAGCUGACAGAAAAAAUUAGAUAUAUUUACGCUAUGUUAGCUAAUAAAAUAAUAAGAUGCAUUUUCCUUUGUUCCUUUGUUACUGAUGGUUCGCGUUCGUCAACGACGAACGCGAACGACUUAAUAUACCGACGUUCGUCAGCGACGUUCGUCACUCAUGACGACUACGACGUGAAAAUGCCUAAUUUCACGUUGUACAGAGGAAGUACACAAGCGACGACGAAAUUUCCUCCCUCUUUCUGCUCUUGGCUAUGGUUCUUAGGAAUUCAACUUUAGCAUGGUUCGCCUACAUUCGAAAAAGUUAGUGACUUGGGGUAAUCGCGAUGAAGAUUGAAUAGCCUGCGUUGCAGGCGUUUGGAAGGGAAGGGAAAGGGGGUUUUGGGCGCUAGGGAAACGCGAGGGGCGCGCGAGGAGGAAGGGGAGGAGGGAACUGCCAGGAAACCAUUGUUUUCGCCAUCCCGCCUACUAAUUAUGUAUGCAAAAUAACGCAACUGUGAAUGACUAGCGGUCAAAUAAGUCUGGCCGCGAUGCACUUAAUUUUUAAAGUCGUAUUUCACAUACUUUUUUUCUUUUGUUUUCCUAAAAUAAGAAAUCUGAAGUGAAGGUACUAUUUAAAAAAGUGUAAAUGCGGUCGUCCGUUGAAAGAAGAAAGUCGCAACCAUGCGUGGCUUGUUAUAUAAAAUCCAGCAUAAAUCUUACGUUACUAAAACAUGGAACGACCUAAAACCACCUACAACCACCUAAAACCACCUACAACCACCUCAAAAAAUUCAACAACCACCUUCAACCAUCUACAACCACCUCAAAAACAUCUACAACCACCCGCAAACAAUCUAAAACCAUCUAAACAGUGAACAGGGUGUAAAUGUCUGAAAUAGUUUCACACAAAUGUAUGUAGUUCCGCACAAUCCUUUAGUCUAGUGUGAACGUGUCUCACUUGUAGAGCCUGAUUUUAUACAGCUAUUAACCCGUUUACAGUUGCAAGAAUUAGAAGACAUAUCAUGAUAUUUGAUAAUUCUUUUCAGCAAAAUGAAUCAAAACGUUCUUACCAGUAAGGUCCUUUGGCGGGGAGGGAAGACCCGAAUAUUUGAUCCAAAUUUUUCGUUCCGUUUUAGCUCGUAAAGUUCCAGCUACUCUAGCCUGUGCCAGGCUCUCAGAUAGUAUAGUGGGGACGUAUUUACAACGAGCAAAGCGAAAAUAAGAAGCGCGCAUAUCCCAUCACUCCCAAGAAGAGGGCCGGGGUGAAAGUUGGGUUCCAAAACAUAAUAAAGGUAUAUAAAAAUCCGGGUAAAUUACUUUAAAUACAAUCAUUCACUAUUAAAAUUUUUCAACCCAUUUUUAUUAAUUUCGGCUCGUCUUAACUUGCUUUCUUCUGAAUCCAUUGUAUUAUAGAUUUUUUUAAAUAACAUUUUUAACAAUGAUUACACCUACUGGUCUCCGUUUCCUGUGUCGUGACGCAAGGAGUUUAGCCUUGCGUGAUGACACAGGAAACGGGUGUGAAAGACACUAGGGUUCAUCUAAAGGAGUCACCUGGAAUGUAGGUGGUUUUAGGUGGUUGUAGAUGGUUUUAGGUGGUUUUAGGUCGUUCCAUGUUUUAGUAACUACGUUUUUGCUGAAGGUAUCGCGUUGGACUUCCCAACUUGCAUGCAGUGUUCGUCGGAGAAAUUAAUUACAAACACUUUGCUGACUCUCGAACUGGAUCCAGCGCAGCAUACAAAAGAACGCUGGUAGCUGGGAAAGAAGAACGGAACUUCAAGGAUCUGCAAUAAGGCUAAUUCUGCAAUCAAUAUUAUCACUGAAGUACGGUAAGUUCCUGGCGGCUUUAUAACGUCUAUAACCAGCAAAAAGAAGUCCUCAAACCAAAAAUCGCCUAGGAUUAUAGAUCGCUUCGUCUUUAACAAUCUGGUCGUUGAUAAGCGUAGCCUGCGUGGUAGCCGUUUAAGGUCAAACAGCAGAUAACAAGCACACAGGCAGCAUGAUUUUUCCUCUCUCUCUUCUAGUGAGUAAAACAAGCCGUUGGAAGACGAGACUUCUCAAAACCACUCAGCGAAACUCAUCUAGCUGACAGGUCUUUUCCUUCAUACGAGUCUUUUAACUGCUUUCUUCUAUUCUCCUUUCAAGCUGAAAUAGAUACCUUCAGUUUCUAAUCGUUCUAAAACGAUGAAUGGCAUACAGAAAUCUCAUCACGCCUCACUAACAACAUAUUUUUAAAUGAUUAAUGAAAGAUCGAUUAAGUUACUCAGUAGCGUGAUGUUGAUUUCAGCCAAUCGGAUUAAGGUAUUACGGCUGUGAUUGACAUGUUUUGAAGACGGACCAAUCAGGAUUUUAACAUUCGCCUGGUGGAUGUUAAAAACGAGAAAAACAAUGGUCUCCUGGCAGGCGUUUCCCUCCCUCCCUCAUCGUGCGCCUCUCGCGUUUCUCUCGCACCUAAAACUCCCUUUCCCUUCCCUUUCAAACGCCUGCCACGCAGGCUAAAGAUUGAAAGAACACAAAUUCACUUUUUCAGCGACGUUUUCUCUGCCGUCGCCGUUCUGGGAUCUUAACGGUCCCUAAUAUAAAGUAUCGGCGCGAAGCGUCGAUACUUUAUAUUAAGUCGUUUUGGAAGGGAUUUGAAUCCGAUCAGAGACGGUUAACAUUGCUGGUUAUCAAAUAGCCUGCGUAGUAGGCGCUUGGAAGUAGUGGGUGAAAGAGAGAACGAGUGCGCGCGAGGGAGACACGGGAGGGGUGUCUGGCGCUUCGUAAAUAAGACGGUCAAGUUUCGUCUCGCGUUUCUAAUGUUGUUAACUGUUAACCGUCUCUGAUCGGAUUCAAAUCCCUUCCAGACAGUGACAGGAACAAAGGAAAAUGCAUCUUAUUAUUUUAUUAGCUAAUACAGCGUAAAAACACCUCAUUUUUCUAUUAGCUAAAACAGCGUUCGGGCUUAGGCUUUGGUAGAUUGUGCUACAACUAGUUGCAAAAAUGUUGAGACACUCUCACGAAAAAACAACCUGUCUUGCUUCAAAUCACUGCUAGUCACAGGUCUGUGAGAUAAAAUAGUGACUCCCCUCCUCCCCCCAAUUCAAAGUUGUUCCUCCAAGUUAUGAGCAUGGUUUUGUAUUCCUAGCAACUUUGAAAAGGGGUGGAGGGGGGUCACAAGCACAAGAUCAUGGACAGGCCAUUUAAGCCAAAAUAUGGUACAGUGUCUCAAGUACUUUUGCAACUGGUUGUCUCAUUUACGUUUUACUUCAAAAAGCUAUUUCCACGUCUCAACUUCCCAAAGAGAAGACUAUAGCGAGAUAAAUGAAUAGAAUGGCACUUUCUGUUGCUUUUCCCAGCUGACACAUCAUUGUCAUUGAUAGCAAAACUGCAUAAAAAAGCGCUUAAGAAUGUAGUGACUUUAAAAUUUUGCCUCAAUUUUGUUGUAACGCAUGUGCUAUUAAUUAUAUACCGUGACAUGGCUGUUCCGGCGUGGUGAUUAAACUCUGAGAAGUGUGAAUGCAUAUUAACAGCAUACUUUUCCUUUUCCUGGUAAUUAGAGAUAUUACAGUUGCGAAUAAAGCUGCCAAACUUCCAUUUUCACCCCUGUAUCUGUAACGCAAUGACAUUUGAUAUGCAGUGGUGUUAUGUAAUCGGUAUACCGCGUGAGUUAUUUUUCAACACCGCUGUAAAAGUAAAACCGUUCAGUUUUUUUCAUCUACUACAGUGAAAAUAACAUAGUUAUUAACGUCCGUUAGAGCUAGAGAGCAGAAAAAGUUGUGUGCUAAGUUAGUUUCUAUUUUCUGACGGUCUACCAUCAAUCACGGUCUACCAUUCUGCAACAGUAAGAAAUAUGAUAUAUCAUUAUAUUUAUCUGAUAUGAUGGUAGACCGUGUAGACCGUUGACGCACGUAAAUUCCUGACAUUGCUAUGGUGGAAAAUUACUAUUCUUGGGGACAGUGACUUCUUUUUUGCAAAGAAAUACAUUUUGUUACCAAGUAUAGAAUACAAGGCCACGUUAUAUGCGAGCUCUCGGGGCUAUGUUACUGAAAUACGCGCGUGAAUUUUCACGUUACCUGAUCACUAGUCACACUCGGGCUUCAAAAUCGAAACCAAGUUGUAAGACAACCAAAACGUAAACAUAAAUCCAAACUUGUGUUAAGUAAACUAAAGUCCACAACAGCUACUUUUUAGCGUAACUUUUCUUUCCUGUAAAUGGCAGGCGAUAAAAGAGGAACCAUUUCCACGUACUUAUCAGAAUCAACAACAAAAAGCCAUCUCCUUGAUCUAGCGGGGCAUCUUAGGUCACUUUCCUUUCAUUAAUAAACGUCUUUUACUCGAGUUCGAAGAAAAUAUAUUAUUUUUCGUAUUUUUGUAGCGUGUUAGGACAAAAAACCCUUUUCGUUGCAGCUUACUCAAGAUGGUGUGGCAUCUUUUGCCACGCGCUCCCUUUAAAAGCCCAGUUUCGAGCAAAUUACCACAAAAACAAAAGUGGAAAAAACUGCCGUUUUUGUCUCGCCAUUUUAAAACACGCAAACCUAGGGAAAUGAAAUGCUAUUUUUUAUAACCACCUCCUUAGGUGCAAAAAGUGCACCAUGUUUCACCCUGUUUAUUAAUCGGGCACCACGGCUAUAGAGGUAUGAAGGACUCAGACAACCAGUUGCAAAAAUGUUGAGACACUCUCACGAAAAAACAACCUGUCUUGCUUCAAAUCACUGCUAGUCACAGGUCUGUGAGAUAAAAUAGUGACUCCCCUCCUCCCUCCAAUUCAAAGUUGUUCCUCCAAGUUAUGAGCAUGGUCUUGUAUUCCUAGCAACUUUGAAAAGGGGUGGAGGGGGGUCACAAGCACAAGAUCAUGGACAGGCCAUUUAAGCCAAAAUAUGGUACAGUGUCUCAAGUACUUUUGCAACUGGUUGUAGCCUAAUUUUAAGCAUAAUUCAGCAAAACGAGCAUUAUUUUAAGCUUUUAUUUCAGUUUAGCACUGCCAGCAUAAUCUGGGCUUUUAUGCGUUGAAAACAAAAAAACCCAUCAUAGCUCUAGAAUAAUUCAGUUUGUACUUUAUUUCUGUAUUGUUUUUGGAAAUUAUUGAGGUCUGUGCUAAGGCCCAUGGUCAAAUAUGGUCCGGCAGGCCGCAGCGGUGACCCUGUGCGUAAGACCGAGACUCAGGCCACCACGCUUAUGGCUCGGCGGCUCGGCCCCUCAGGCCUCAGAUCAGAGAUAACGUCGUCCUCGAGUACAUCCACUUCCACCACUUCCACUGCCCUACCGAGAGCUUUAAUCUCUAGAGAACGUGUUCCUAAAAGUAAUACCGGAAAGUACAAGGAAAGAGGUAACUCAGAUCCAAAGAACAUGAGUCCUCGUGAUCGAUAUCGAAGAAUUCCCAGAGGAAAAUUUGUGUCUUCGAGGUGGAAAACUGUUUUGCAGUGGGUGUAAGGAGAUAUUGAGCUCUAAAAAGAGCAUUCUCAAAAACCACUUGGCUUCCAAAAAACAUGCCGCAGGCAAAGAAAAGUUAAAAGUGACAAAAAAGCGAGAUAAUGUGCGCACAUGCGUAUUUGCGAUGCUAAAGACUGUAAGACUAGAAGGUGGACUAUAUGAAUGUUCAUUAAAGUCAAAAUUGAGAGUUAAGCUACUGAUGAUCUUUAUUUUCCUUAAACUCAGUGUAAAAUCUAAUUAGCAUAAUUCCGGUGACAGAGAGCAUAAUUUUCAGAAAGUAGCAUAAUUUUGGCAUAAUUUCUAAAAAAUAUGAGCACUGCUAAAAGCAUAAUAUGCUUUUUUUUCGAGCACAAUCUACCAAAGCCUAUUCGGGCUCCGAUCGGCUCCCUGUGAUUUAAAUAUUGUAUGUAAAAAAAGGGCAAAUAAAUUGAUUGAUUGAUUGAUUGAUUGAUUGACAGGGCAUUGGCAAAGGGUUCGUGCGUGUAUUUUGGACUACAUCUGACAAAGUUCAAGAUUUUAGGCUCAUCACUUCAGAAUACCUCUCUUCAUUUCUGCAGAACGUAUCGCAUAUACAAGAGAAAAAAGUAGCACUGCACAAUGUGCUUUCGCUGCGAUAUAAGCAAGAGUUCCAUAAAGAAUCCAGCCGCAUCAGCAGCAAAUUUGUCAAGUUUUAUUCUCUGCCUUUCAUUUCGAAAGCCAGUUUUCUUCCUUCCUGCAAUUACAAGAGUAGUUUUGUACCAGGUAAUAAAGUUGAUCGCUUUGAAGGGAAGGCAACGGUGUUUGAAUCAAAUGUUUACCCACCGGACGAUACGCAGAUGUCAAGAAACUCCGGAAUGCUGUGGACUCGUCCAAAUCGAGUCGCUGACAGAGAGGUAGUUCGGUCAGUCGUGGAUAACAUGGUUGCUGCACUUCGUCUGAGUUCCUCAGAGUAA